CAACCAUCAAGGCGCGCACACGCUGUUCCCGAGAUCCAGCACACCGACGACGAAGUUCACCAGCUCAUCGACGUUGACAGCCCUCACAUUUCAUCUGUUCCCUCCGAUUUCCAAUCGCAAGAAGUCCAGACCGAGACCCAGGCUGAGCGUGAACGUCUUGAGGCUGAAGCUCGUGAGAAGGCCAAGGAGGCCGAGGAACUCAAGGAGAAGGCUAAGCAGAAGGCACAAAAGGCCGCUGAGAAGGCCAAGGCCAACAGCGAUAACCCUGUCAUCCUUGGUAACACCAUUGCUGUUGUCGCUCUUGGUGGUCUCCUUGGUUUCGGUGCCUACAGAAAGUACACUGCCGGCGAGCUCACCUGGAAGGUCGCAGGAGCUUGGGCAGGUAUCGUUGGUGUCUUCGCCCUUGGUGACUACUACGCCAGCAAAUUCCUCUUCAAGAAGUACCCUCCCAAGAACUAA